UAUACAUUUUAUACAAAUAUAUAUAUAUAAUAUAUAUAUAUAUAUAUAUACACCCAUCUCUCAGAGAGGAACGUGACGUCGAAGGAAGACCUUCGGCUUAUUUGUGUGUUCCAAGAGGUAGAUAGAAAGCUUCAUUUAUUACGCACUCUGGGAUAAAUCCUCAAGAGAGAGAGAGGGAACUCACCUUCUCGCUCGCGAGAAAAAUAGUUUGACAGCGGAGCAGGACGACGAGGACGUCGGCGGAGGCACGCCGAAGGGAUCACCGUCGCCCGUGCGAGCGAGCGAGACAGACGACGCGCACGCGUACGCGCGCACAACGGCCGAGCGCACACGGACGCGCGCGCGCGCGCGCGCUACUCCCCGAUCUUCCGUGCCUCACUUCACUCGGCCGCGCUCCGAGCCGAGCGGCGCGACUACCAGCGGCGGCGGCGCACUUGUGUUUACGGUGGAAGGAUUGACCGGCCGCCACCAUGUACGCCAAGGGAAAAGGGUCGUCCGUGCCUUCGGACUCUCAGGCGAGAGAGAAAUUGGCACUCUAUGUGUAUGAGUACUUGCUACAUGUAGGUGCACAAAAAGCAGCACAAACAUUCCUAUCAGAGAUUCGAUGGGAGAAAAAUAUCACACUUGGGGAACCACCUGGGUUUCUGCACUCUUGGUGGUGUGUCUUUUGGGAUCUGUACUGUGCGGCGCCCGAAAGAAGAGAUUCCUGUGAACACAGCAGUGAAGCCAAAGCAUUUCAUGACUAUGGAUUUGUGAACAGUGCUUACAACGUCAAUGGUAUUGCGCAUAAUGCUGGUCCAGCCCCAUCUCCUAUUAGUCAGAUGCCACCAAAUGAUGGAAUGCCUGGUGGUCCCGGAAUGCCUCCCGCUUUCUUUCCAAACAACUCGACAAUGCGACCAUCUCCGCCCACACACCCCUCAUCACAGCCAUCCCCCCAGCACCCCCAGCCACCCCCGCCCCCACACUCGCAGAUGAUGCCCAAUCAGUUUAUGGGUCCCAGAUAUCCAGCAGGACCACGUCCCGGAGUACGUAUGCCACAAAUGGGCAAUGAUUUUAAUGGGCCACCAGGACAACCAAUGAUGUCAAAUAGUAUGGAUCCUACUAGGCAAGGCGAAGCUGGAGAAUUUGUAGGGUGGCAAGGUCCGCCGGGAAUGAGCCCUAUGAAUCCGAGGAUGAAUCCUCCACGUGGACCAGGCAUGGGUCCGAUGGGUCCUGGUAGUUAUCCAAAUAUGAGGGGUCCGCCACCCAACAGUACCCUGGGCCCAGGCGGACCAGGAGGUCCAGGAAUGCCACCGAUGAGUAUGGCUGCUCCAGGUGGCAGACAACAAUGGCAACCAAACACAUCUACGCCGAUGAAUUAUUCGUCGUCAUCACCGGGUAACUACGGAGGACCACCUGGAUCAACAGGUCCGCCAGGACCCGGGACACCUAUUAUGCCUAGCCCCCAAGAUAGCAGCAAUAGCGGAGGAGAAAAUAUGUACACCAUGAUGAAACCUGUACCUGGAGGAAAUAUGCCGGGUGAUUUCCCAAUGAGUGGUGGACCAGAAGGAGGCCCAAUGGGACCAAUGGGUCCUAAUACAAUGGGUCCGGUCCUAAAUGGCGAUGGUCUUGACGGAAUGAAAAAUAGUCCAGCGAAUGGUGGCCCCGGGACACCGCGAGAAGAUAGCGGUAGCGGAAUGGGUGAUUAUAAUCUGGGAGGAUUCGGAGCUCCUGGAGAGAAUUUUUUUUAAAAAGUCGCCUUGGAGUCGCCAGCCCCGAGUUCGUAGAUGCCGUAGACUCUACACGUGAUGCCGGUAUAAACAUAUACACGUAACGUGUGUGCAGAAAAAAAGCAUCGUACGCUCGCUGCAUCGUAUUCACGUGUUCCAUGGUGCGUUCCGGCUAGUUUCAUUACACAGUCCGGCCACAUGUAGUUUCGUCAGUGGGCUCAUAUAAAAACGCAGUUGAAAAAUUUCUGUUAAAUUUAACAGAUAUCAUAUGUCCCAAACAAUCCACAGAAAUUUUUGUGUUAAUUUAACAUAAUACGGAUAUAUGUUCAAUGCAGAUACGAAUACUGUGUUAAUAUUUUAACACGAAAUAAGUGCAAACUUUCAAGUAAUUUAAAAUAAAUUUUGUGUAAAUUUAACAGUUUUGUAAUGUGAAAAUUAACUUUAAAAAAAUGUUAAUUUUACUUUUCAUAUCUU